AUGCCUGCAGGGGCGUCUCCAGCCAUCAGGAAAAUCAGCGAGAAGCACGACAAGGUCUUUGCGACGGGCUGCCUCGAACCAGACACUUCGCAACCUCGCGCAAAUGCCGCGUUCGUCGUCCUUGCGCGGAACAAGGAGCUUGACGGCGUCAUUCAGUCGAUCAAGUCCGUCGAGCGCCACUUCAAUCGAUGGUACCACUAUCCGUACGUUUUCCUCAAUGACGUUGAAUUCAACGAGACAUUCAAGGAAACGGUGGCGAAAUAUGCUUCUUCAAACGUCGAAUUCGGGGUGGUAGAACCGCAUACUUGGGGGUUUCCUGACUGGAUCGACCCCAAGGUGGCCAAGGAGGGCAUUGCGAAGCAAGGCGACGCAGCAGUCAUGUACGGAGGGCUAGAGAGCUACCACGCAAUGUGUCGCUUCUACUCCGGCUUUUUCUACAACCACCCAUUGCUACAGAAGUAUGAGUGGUACUGGCGUGUCGAGCCAGAGAUUACAUACUUCUGCGACAUCACAUACGAUCCGUUCCUUAAAAUGAUUGAGGCGAACAAGACCUAUGGUUUCACCAUUGCCGUCAAGGAGCUUCGCGAGACGGUUCCCAACAUCUUUCGAUAUGCUUCGGCGUACAAGCGUCUCAACAACAUCAAAUCUCAAGGCAUGUGGGAGAUGUUUGUGGAGCCUCCGUCGGAGGAAGAACUGGAGGACGUUAAAAGUGACAAGAACCCUCCGCUCCCAGAAGAGAUCCUGGAGAAAGACUCCAGAAAGCACUCACAUGAGAAGAUCGACCCCGAAGCGAUGGAGGGCGAAAAGUACAACAUGUGCCACUUCUGGUCCAACUUUGAGAUUGCGCGUCUCAGCUGGUUCCGCAGCAAGGAGUACAACGACUUUUUCGAGAUGAUGGACCGCAGCGGGGGCUUCUGGAUGGAGAGAUGGGGAGAUGCUCCCAUUCAUUCACUGGCCGCCGGUGUCCUGUUGUCACCGAAAGACAUCCAUUACUUCCGUGACUUUGGCUACCGACACACCACAAUCCAGCACUGUCCGGCAAAUGCGCCCGACGGACAAUUACCCCGAGAACCGUAUUUCGAAAUGGCAGACCCCGAUGAGAAGCGUCGCAAAGAAGAGGAUGCGUACUGGGCCGAUUACGACGAAGAGAGAGAAAACGGUGUCGGGUGUCGCUGCCGGUGCGAUACCGACAUUGUUGAUGUAGAGGGCAAAGACGGCUCAUGCCUUGCAGAGUGGGUAGAUGUUGCGGGCGGCUGGGCCAACCCAUGA